AUUUUGACGUGAUCUUUCUGUUACUGCUGCUUUGUCGAUAGUUUUUAUUAUUACCAUUGUUCCACACAUUCCACAAAGUUUUGAUAAAUACGCCAAUAGUUGAUUUAAAAGAAGACUAUUAAAUAUUUUGCUUUUCCUCGUAUUUGUUUCUUUCAAAAGAACAUUUAUAUGAAGAUAUAGGUCACGUAGGUAGGUAAAAUGAGUAUGGAUACGCAAGAAUUUGAUGUUCCACCUGCAAAGAGAAUUAAAGCAGACAAUUUAAAUUCUGAAGAAACAGAUAGAAAAAAUGAAGAUCUAACCAAGAAAAGUACAGAUCUGACAAAUGAUUCCAAGUAUAGUAACUUUGUGACUCCAGAGGAGCUCGAGAAGCUUAAGGAAUUCAAAGUACUGGACGAGGUCAAAUCAAAUGAUGAAGACAGCAACGAUGACAGUGACAGCUCUGACGGUACCCAGUCAAACAUUAUGUCAUAUCAUAACAAAACAUUUGGCUUACGUUAAAGUUACAAAUUUAUUGUGAUUUAUUGUGAUCUUUAUGAGCGUUUGACAUUUACUAUUUUUAAGGCGCAAAUUGAAGACGUAGAAUAAUUAUUUUAGGUAAAUCAGAAGUUCCCGAAGAAGAAAUAGAAAAGAUGUUAGAAGAGGAUCUGCCUGAAGGUUUCAAGGGUGCCCCUCAACCGAAGGAGAAGCCCUAUGUGACAAGGCAGAAAAUAGUGCUCGAAGAGAAGGGUGUGAACUACUGGGAGGUGCUGCCCCUGGACUGGAUGAUGGUGAGACAUUACAGUGGUAUGCCCGUAUACAUGCACCGGACCACCAGGGUGUGUACACUGGCCAGGCCUUACUUCCUCGGGAAGGGCAACGCAAGGCGCCAUGAUAUACCCAUAAGCGCAAUACCCUGUUUGUCAUAUCGAAAAGCACUAGAAGAAGAAAGAAAACAAGAAGCCAUUGAUAGGAAAAUUGAGGAACAUAUUAAGAAUGGCACUUGGAUGAUCAAUUCAAUAAAUAACAAACCUAAAGAAAAUGAAGUUAAUAUUAAAGCAAACGACACUGACAAGAUAAUUGAAAACCACGAUAAAACUGAUAAUAUAGUCAAUGACCAUACAUCUACUGGUGGUCAAGUCGAAAAUAAUGACAAAACUUUAAAUUUAACUGAUAUUGAUAAAACCAAUUCUACAUCUGAUGAAAAUAUACCUGAAGACACUUGUAAUAAUGGUUUACUUUUAGAAAAAUCGACUAGUAAAACAGAAACUUUAGCGAAGUGUCCAUCUUUUAAUUUUAAUGAUCAAAAUGCUGCAGGAAGUAAUCUUGAAUCAGUGUGUCCUGUUACAGGGAAGAAUAAUUCUGUAAUAAAUUAUGUGACAGUUAUGGAUAAAAGUGCACAAAGUGAAGUAACCUUAGGAGAAUGUAAUGCUACUGAUAAAUAUAAUAAUAGCAUAGAAGAGUGUAAUGCUCCUGAUAAAGGUGCACUCAGUACAGGGGAACCUAUUGCUGAGAUGUCUGAAACUAUUGAAGGUAACGCUGAUGCAAUUGAAGGUAAUAAAGAAGAAGGAAAUGAAACUAUUGACGAUGUGGAGUUACUUAAAUAUAGACAACCGGUGGUGAUGCCAGGCGGAGUGGUGAUGCCAGCGCCCAAAGUUGAGACUGUCAACACCAGCUGGAAGACUCAGCAUUUGUCCCAUGAACAAGUUAACGAUUACUGCAAAAAGCUGUUCAAGUUUAAGACAAUCAACAUUAUGCAUUUCAACCGAUGGGCGGACCGGCGCAAGUACAACAAGGCGCGCAAGACGCUGCAGUACCCCACGCUGCCCGACGGCACCAAGCUCAUCACCCUGCCCGCCAGACCGAACGGACAGGACAAUGGCGGGAAGCCGGUGAAGCACGACUGGUUGAUGAACAUGGACGGGCGCAGCUACCUGUCCGUGUUCCACGAAUACGUGCACCGCGCCCUGCAGAAGCAGCCCGUGUACAAGUUCGUGCAGCUCGAGAACGCGGUGAGCCCGUACCAGGCCACGGUGUACAUCGGCGGCAUGCAGUACGGCGUGGGCCGUGGCUCGUCCAAGCGGCAGGCCAAGGCCGCGGCCGCGCGCGCCUCCGUGCACGUGCUCAUCCCCGAGAUGCGCGACCACGAGCGCCCCCCCUCCUCCGCCUCCGCCUCCGCGCCCGCCGAGCCCGCCGAGCCCGACUUCUCCUUCUUCGACUACGUGGGCAUCGAGGACCCGCGCAUCGCGGAGUUCUGCGCGGCCACGUGCGAGCCCUCCCCGCACGCCAUCCUGCGCACGUGCCUGCUGCGGAACUUCGGCGCCAGCGACCGCCACAUACACACGGAGAUGAAGAAGUUGGAGUUCCAGAAAAUAGAGUUGACGAUGAAAGUCGGCAAACACACCGCGACUGUGAUCUGCAAAAACAAGAAGACUGCGAAACAACGCGCCUCGCAAGCGAUCCUGCAGGCGCUCCACCCGCACGUGAGGUCGUGGGGCUCGCUGCUGCGGCUGUACGGCUCCCGCUCCGUGAAGAGUUCCAAGGAGAAGAAGCUCGAGGAGCAGCAGAUCACGCUGCUGCAGGACCGCGCGCGCCACAACCAGCCCAACCAGGCCGUGCUGGACAAGCUGCGGCGGGACAUGCGCCGCCUGCGGGACAGGGACGCCGCCAUCGUGCCCAUAGGUACUUUACUUCUGGAAGACGAUCUGCCGACUCACUCGGGCUCCAACCUUAACAACGUGGACCUGUGACCUUCACCCCCCCAGAAAAACGAAUACUUAUAAGGUUUUUAAAAUUAAAAUUAGUUUUAUUCAAAAUAUUCUCAAACUUUUAUUAAAAUAUAUAUAAGCGACUUUCUCGGGCUGAUUAUAGGAUGGUAAAAAUCUCGAGUUCCCCUGCCCCGUUCGACCGCUGUUCCGGGUUUAUCUACAGUUAUUAACGCCCACCAAUCCGUACGGGGGGAGGGGGGAUUCCGGCGAAUUUCCCUAUGUGAUGCCGUCGGCGGUUUGAGACUUAUAUUGAGAAGGGUUGUGAAAAUAUAUAGUUGGUCAGUUAUUUUGUAUUUGAAACGAUAUUGAUUAAGCGCACACGGUAGUGGCUUUAGUCGUUAUGGACUCGAUGGCGAUGUCUUAUUGUACGUUUGGACGUGGAUAUUACUAGCGAUUUGAUACAUCAACAAUCAUAUCUAGAGAUGGGUUAUCGGCUUUUUAAAUCGUGUAACGUAAAAACUAUCAAUUUUUAACAACUAUACUCCAUUCAUUAUAGUAUUAGACAGAAGUGAAAUAAGGUUCUUUUUAUGGUAUACUUUGUGACAAAAUAUCAAUAAUCAUGUUACUUUUAAGACUGACGGCUAAUUUGCUACAUAAUCACUUAAAUAUCAGCUGCUAUACUUAACUGUUGUCAUUUAAGCUAACUAUUUAACAAAUUUAUGAGUAUAUGACUAACUUAAAUGAUUUAAUAAGUAUUACAAUAAAAAAUGUCCAUCGUAAAGAACCUAAAGAAGCAGGGUUGGAUAGUUUCGGCACGAUUGUCAUUUCACUAUAACUCUACCAAAUUUAAAACGUUGCCUAACCCCUUCAAGCGUUUCGGUAGUACAGCUUUUUAAUUUUGUCAGACUAUUAUUUAUUCAUAAUCGUUAAAAUCGUAUUCUAGGAUUAUCAUCCAUUGUUAAUGCUACUGCCUUUCUUGUUGUUUAGCCGUUUUCCGUGAUGUUAUUGUUUUAUUUUUGUUGUUAAGUUUUGGUAAAUAUGGACGAUUCCGGUACAGGCCCGAGUGGCCUACAAAAAUUACGCUCUAAGCCCCCAUACCUACCCUUAAACUUUGACAUUUCAGGGAGUUUUUCCAAUGUCUUCAUCAAUAGUCUAACUUAUUACACUUACAAUUAGAAUUUAUCAAAACACACAGAUUGUUUCAGUUUUAAUUCCAUGUUGGCUUGGGACUAAAAGAUGAAUUUAUAAAAUGCUGGCCUCAUCUCAACCCCUAGGUAUCAUAAAAAAUGGAAAAUUGCCCAGCUCUUUCAGACUACCUAAGGUUCAAAGUUUC